AUGGCUGCUCAAAUUUCCACCGUCGCCGAGAGCAAAGAGCUCCGCGGUCUCAACCUCAUCGCCGCCCAUUCGCAUAUCAGAGGCCUCGGCGUCGAUGCAGACACUCUGCAGCCCCGAGGUUCAUCUCAGGGCCUCGUGGGCCAGGAGAAGGCCCGCAAAGCCGCCGCAGUGAUCCUGCAGAUGGUGAAGGAGGGCAGGAUUGCGGGCCGCGCCGUGCUUAUUGCUGGACCCCCUAGCACUGGUAAAACCGCGAUCGCAAUGGGUAUGGCUCAGUCUCUGGGAUCUGAUGUCCCUUUCACAAUGCUUGCAUCGUCGGAGAUCUUCUCAAUGGAGAUGUCCAAGACAGAGGCUCUCACCCAAGCCUUCCGGAAGUCUAUCGGUGUGCGGAUCAAGGAGGAGAGCGAGAUUAUCGAGGGUGAAGUUGUGGAGAUUCAGAUUGACCGUAGUGUCACUGGGGGUAAUAAACAAGGGAAACUCACGAUUAAGACCACCGACAUGGAAACGAUUUACGACAUGGGAACCAAAAUGAUCGACUCAAUGACUAAGGAACGGGUGAUGGCAGGUGAUGUUAUCUCGAUCGAUAAGUCUUCUGGCAAGAUCACCAAGAUGGGCCGAUCCUACGCUCGCUCGCGAGACUAUGACGCGAUGGGCGCCGACACCAAAUUUGUGCAGUGCCCCGAGGGAGAGCUCCAAGUCCGCAAGGAGAUUGUCCACACGGUUAGCCUGCAUGAGAUCGAUGUGAUCAACUCGCGGUCACAGGGCUUCUUGGCACUGUUUUCUGGCGACACUGGCGAGAUCCGCAGCGAGGUCCGUGACCAGAUCAACACCAAGGUGGCAGAGUGGAAGGAAGAAGGCAAGGCAGAAAUUAUUCCCGGUGUGCUGUUUAUCGACGAGGUCCACAUGUUGGACAUCGAGUGCUUUUCUUAUAUCAACCGUGCCCUUGAGGCCGAACUCGCUCCCAUCGUCAUUAUGGCGAGUAACCGGGGCCAGGCUAAGAUUCGUGGCACCACAUACACAUCGCCCCACGGCCUGCCUCUUGACUUCCUCGAUCGGCUGGUCAUUGUGAGUACCCAGGCGUACUCCGCCGACGAGAUCCGCCAGAUUUUGGCCAUUCGGGCACAGGAGGAGGAGAUUGACGUUUCGCCUGAUGCUCUGGCCCUUUUGACCAAGAUCGGCCAGGAAUCAAAUUUGCGCUAUGCGAGCAACAUUAUCACCACAUCGCAUCUUCUGAGCCAGAAGCGCAAGGCCAAGGAGGUCAGCAUCGAUGACGUCCAGCGCAGCUUCCGGUUGUUCUAUGACCCGGCUCGGAGUGUCAAGUUCGUGAACCAACACGAGCAGCGCUUCAUCGGGGACCAAGGAACGGUCAACUUCUCUGCUACAACCAACGGUGACGCGAUGGAGCUUUCAUAA